AUGCUUAGUCAGGGACCAGAGAUGGAAAAACAAGCACCUGGGACCCGUGGAUGCUUUAGCUGGGAUGCAUGGAGAAAUCUGCUGCUGCCCCAGUUAAACCGGCAGUCGCUGUACGUGUAUGGCAGCGAAGUGGCUGUGGAGAAAGAACGUAUCAGGCAGAGAGAGAAAGGAGUCUUUGUCAUUCAUCCCUUCAGUCCUUUAAGGAGUUACUACAUAAUGUGCAUGGUGGCCAUAACAUUUCUGAACCUCAUUGGGAUCCCGAUAGAGAUCGCUUUUUUAGAUGGCCAAGGUGGAGUGGGCUGGGAGGGAUUUAAUGUCUUCUCAGAUACUCUGUUCCUUGUUGAUGUGGGACUCAACUUUCGUAUGGGGAUUGUUUCCGAGGACAACGAGGACACCAUUCUCGAUCUGAAAUCCAUUCGACAAAAUUAUUUAAAGAGCUGGUUUUUACCGGAUAUGAUUGCAGCAUUUCCAGUGGGUUACAUCCUCCUAAUUGCGGAUCUACAAUAUCAUGGAGAUUCUCCAUCCUCUAAAGCCAAUAAAAUGGUGCGGAUUCUUAUGUUUGUGCGGAUCCUCAGUCUGGUGCGUCUUCUCCGGGUCUCUCGCUUGGUCCGAUUCUUUAAUGAAGUGGAGAAAGUGUCGAACGCCAACCUGGAGGUGGUUCGAGUGUUGUUCAGAAUUCUGUCUCUGUUCAUGAUGAUUUUUCUGCUGUGCCACUGGAAUGGUUGUGUGCAGUAUUUCGUUCCGAUGCUGGAAGAGUUUCCGUCAGACUGCUGGAAUGCUUCAGUGGGGGAGAAAUACUCCUUUGGUGUCUUUCGUGCUCUCUCGCAUAUGACGGCAAUAUCAUACGGUUCCUCUGAUGCGCCAACAAAUGAGGUAGAGCUGUGGAUUGUCAUGACCAGCAUCAUGUCAGGAGCUCUAAUGUACACGGUGCUGGUUGCCAACACGGUCUCGCUGAUGACUGAUGCAGACCUCACAGCUAAAGCAUACAAUAACAAGUUAAAUCAUCUGGAAGACUAUAUGACCUCCAUAAAGCUUCCCAAAGAGCUGCGUAUCCGCAUCUGCAAUUACUUCCUGGCUCGCUAUGGGGGGAAGUGGUAUGAUGAAAAGGAUAUACUAAACUGGGUGUCUUCAUCCAUUAAAGAGGAGAUUUUGAUGAUUAUGUGCUCAGGCCUUGUAAGAAGAGUCCCUAUCUUUCGCAACUGUGACACAAGUUUCAUCAAUGCGAUCCUUUUCCAUCUGCAGUAUGAGGUUUUUCAAGAGGGUGACGUCAUUGUGUAUCAGAACACCCCUGGCGAUCGCAUGUUCUUCAUCGAGCGGGGACAGGUUCUCGUGGAGACAGAGAUUUCUGAGACAGAGCUAAGUGAUGGAGGCUACUUUUCUGAAACAUGUCUCUUGACCAGAGAAAAACAUCUGGCUACAGUUCGAGCCCAAACUAUAUGCCAGGUCUUUUCUCUGUCUGUGCAAAGUUUUUACAAAGUGCUCGAAGACUACCCAGAGGUUUUGAAGGAUUUGAAGAGAACAACUAAGAAGGCCAUAAAUGUUAUUUGAUCUCCUCAAAGAUGUAUAGACUAGAGGGUCCCAGCAUCACAUCAUGGACUGAUACAUGAGUCUGAUGACAUUUAGAUUACUCCUUAGGUCCUUUACAGUGAAGAUUAUUGGAU